UUGUGUGCGCGCGCUCGAACGUACCCGUGUGUGUAAAAUAACAGUAAAACAAAGUGUUUGUUCGUGUGUAUAUGUGCAUUUGUCUGUGCGUUUAUAUUUGUGUGCGCGUGUCAAUGUAUGAUAUGAUAUAACGUAUUUAUGAUGUUCUCGUGUGUUUUGAGAAAAUGAUGUACAUGUAAAUUAUUUUAUCAGUUGCUUUAUGUAUUCAUUUGAGAUCUAAAUCAUUAAAAAAAGAACAUAUUAAAUACAACGACAAAAGCAAAGUUGUCAUAAUGUGAACUGUUAUUUAAUUUUAAACUGUAAGUCAUCAAAUACUUUAAAAUCAGCAAAUAAAAAUGAAAUGUAUCGUACCAUUAUUGAGUAACUGUAAAAUAGCAUGUGCAAUUGGAAUGCUUUGCAUAAUGCCAAUAAAAUAUAUGUUAAAUUACUUUUACCUUGGAACUAUUUUCUUAUAAUAAAUGAACAUUUUGUUUUAUUGUAUCUACGUUUUUUAAAAAUAUAGAUUUCAAAGCAAAUACAUUCUCAUUUACGAAAAACAUCGACCCCCUAACCCUUCCUUGCUAUUAAUACCGGAUUCCUAAAAAAUUGCGAAGUACAUGUACAUCAGUACUUUGCACAAAGUGUUAAUAUAAAUUUACACUACGUUAUCCGUAGUAAACUAAGGCAGGGAACCAGGCUACGGGCACGCGACAUCAUUUCCGGUACAUAUGAACUUGUGUAUUUUUUCAGAAACAAGUAAUUAUUUGCACGGCCAUUCAAAUAUUUGACAUAGUUAUAUUUAUAAAGAGCCACAAUGUAGGUUUUAACAAUACCUGAUGUAAUAUGAUAUAUGCGAAACAUUGACGACUAAUUUAAAUGUAUUAUUAAUAUACAUAAGUCUAUCUACACUAUGCUCUUAGAUUUACAAAUCCUCAUUAAUACUACUUUGCUUUUAAAACUUGCUUUUAAAAUUUCAAAGCUUCGAGGAGGUCGCACCAUCAUUAUAGUAGUACAUUGUAGUUAUACAAAAUCAUUUCUUCACAUAAAAACCAAUUAUACGAUAACGUAAAAUGUCAGCUUAUUUCAAGAGACCAACAUUUACCUCACUUUCCUCCCAGGCCCUACCUUUUUCUAUAUCUAUUAUUGGAACAUUUAUUUUCUACAGAAGAAAAAUAAGCAAUACAUUUUUGAGGCCUUAUAUGACUCUUAAAAACUGCAAUGACACAUGCCUUUGAACAGUCGCAAGCGGGAAAUUAUAAUAUGAAGGUUGGAAUCUUUUGUAUACGUUUACAUUUAAGGUGGUAAAAUCUGUCAUGUUGAUGGUCCAAUGCGGAAAGAUUUUGUCGAUUUAUAACCGUUAAAGAAUAACAAUAUUCAUAAAAGAUAGAUUGUAGGUCGACACUUAACCAUUAACAUUAUGGUAUUGUUUAAAUCUAAUUCUUUGAAAAGAAUCAAUGAAAGGGAACAUAAUUAUACGAACUUAUUUCCGCCUUCCAAUAAUACUUUAAGAAAUAAGAACCUAAUAGUAUGUCAAAGACGAUCACCCUGUCAUAAUUACAAGACUAGCAAGGAAUGCUUAAUAUCAAACAUUUUUGCUAUAUCUUAUAAACAUGGCGGACAAUGCAAUUUAUCCCUCACAACCAGCUCAUGGGUAUGGCCAGACCGGAUAUACCCACCAAUCAUCAACGGUAGUGGUUGUGACACAGCCAGGAUAUGCUGGCCAAGUGGAAGCAAUGCCAAGACCUCCAGAUUACAUAUGCGGCUCAAUCUUUGCCUGUCUCUGUUGUUUUUGGCCGAUAGGAUUGGUUGCUAUAUACUAUGCAUGGCGGGCCAGGAAAUUGGCAGCUAGGGGAGAUAUGGUUGGUGCCACAAGUAUGGCUAACAGUGCCAGAAACCUGGUGAUCACAAGCAUUGUGAUUGGCAUUAUUUGGAUCGUCAUUGUUAUUGUCUUCAGACUGACUGUAUAAGCAGAUUACUUAAUAACAAUAGUUAUAAAGUGAACAGGAUCAUUAUGACGGAAAUUAAUCCAAAAGUAGCUUUAGAAUACUUGUAAUCGCCACUAAUCCUUCAAAGAAGUAAACAAACUUGUAAACUAGACGCUUUUGAAAUACAAUGUUCGAUGGUGGAAAUGCCAAAAUCUUCCUAAUCUUUACGAAUCAAUGUUAAUUGGAAGAUUUUAUUCACAAAUUGACAUUUACAUUGCAAACUUACUUUAUUGAACAUUUCUGAAAAUAUCAUUUCCGGGCUUGACUUUUAUUUAUGUGCGUAUAUCGAUGUAUUUUUUAAGAAAUUUAUAAUCUAAAGCUUUUGUGAUAUAAAAAACUUUUUACAGUUUUAUUAUAAAUGUUUCAUAUAUUUAAGUCAAAUAUGUGGCAUACAAUUUGGCUACAUUGAUUUAACAUUAUGUGUGUAUUUGUUUAUAUGUUCAUAAUCUAUAAUGAAAAAAAAACUGAAAUGAUUCAUGUUGACGAAAUAUUUUUAGGUAGACCACUGUUAAUGGGUACUACAUUAUAAAAGGAACUUUAAAAUUGCCAACAUAGGACAGGUACAAAUAUAUGCCUUGAAAUGUCACCUGUAUGCAAACUUCAAAUUAAAUUUAUCGUUUGGUUUAUGAAUUAUUAACAAAUAAUCGGGUACCAAAUGACACAAUUUGGCAUUUUUUAGCAAAUAACUACCUACAAUAAUUAUAUAACUAAUAUUAAGCACUUUUUUACAUAAGGGAUCUGAGAGAUACAUAAAUAAUGUUAUAAAAAAGAAAGAAAAAAAGUUGCCCUUCCUGGGGUUGAACCCAUGUCCCUUAUUUUCAAUGCACUUGCCUAUUUGAAUACUCUUCAUAGUGGAGGUAAUACAUUAGUAGUGGUCUACCUUAACAAAUGCAUUCGGUGAAUUAUGAAUGUCGAAAGACGUAUUGCUGUUAGUACAAAUGAUGACGUGAGAUUAAGUGUGUGUGUGUGUGUGUGUGCGUGUGCGUGUGUGUGUGUGCGUGUGUGUGUAAGUAAAAUAUAACGUAUUUAUGUAUGUUCUCGUGUGUUUUGAGAAAAUAAUGUUCAUGUAAAUUUUUUUAUUAGUUGCUUUUAUGUAUUCAUUUGAGAUUUAAAUCAUUAAAUUCAAAUAAAUACCAAACUUAAUAUCGCGACAAGAACAAAGUAGUCAUAAUGUUGACUGUUAUUUAAUUUUAAACUGUAAGUCAUCAAAUAAUUUAAAAUAAGCAUUUAAAAUGACAUGUAUUGUGCCAUUUUUGGGUAAUUAUAAAACAGCAUGUGCAAUUGGAAUGCUUUGCAUAAUACUUAGAAAAUAUAUGUUAAAAUGUGUUAACCUUUGUCAUCUAUUUUCUGAUAAUAAAUUUACAUUUUGUUUUAUUUUAUCUACAUUUUUCAAAUAUAGAUUACAAAGCAGA